AGAGCGCCGCGCCUGCGCAGUAAAGGGGUGGAUAACCAUGCGUGCUCUCCCGGGCAGGCGGUAAAAUGUAGAGGGCACCGGGGUGGAACCGAUGCUGAACCUGCAAGGGCCGCUGCGGUGGGGCAAAGGGAGCCUCCGUGUUGGGAUGAGAUGUUAUUCAACCAGGGUGAAAGAAGAAAGCAGGAAACUAUGGUUACAUGAGCAGGUGGAGCUGUUGGAAGUAUUGAAAGCUAGAGUGAAGCAACUCCGGGCUGAUAAUGAACCGGACAUCCUGAAGCCCAAGAUCGAAGUAUGCCAGAUCCAGAAAUUCAGUUACUUUCCAGGUGCCCAGGUGCAGAAGACUGCCGCACCCCAAACAUCUCAGGGCAAGCCCGUCGUCCCAACCGAUGAAGCCGCCCACGUCCUCAAAGCGAAUGCCUGGAAGGCGAAAGUGAAGAUGGAAAAACAAGCCAGUAAAAUGAAGCGUUGGGACGUGGAUACCAGAACCUUAGAAGCCAUCCUCUCUUCUAAAACUCUGGUGGAAAAAGCUGUUAAAGGCUCCCCGAAAUCUGUCAGGCAACCUACAGCGGAUGGCUCCGAAGCACAAUCGGACUGCAAAAUGGCCUUGACAGGGAUCCGGGUCUGGGACAGAAAUGAGCCUCCCGUUUCUUCUGCUGUCCAGGCCUCGGCUGAGCCUGUGCCGAUGCUUAACGGGAGGUUGCUUCCAGAAAUGAAAGUCUUCCAGGAUGACAUUCGGAUGACCAUUUUAGCCUACAUGGACACUUCCCUGUUCAAAGGCCAGAAGAGGAAAGCCUUACAGUGUUUGUUAUAUUUCCACAAUACCCCGGGGCUGAAGAAGUUUCUGACUACACAGAUGUUCAGUCUUCUCAUGUGUCAUUACGCCAAGCAGGGUGCGCUGAAGAAAAUUGGCUGGCUGUUUUCCAUGCUGGAGGAAAAUAACCUCAAGCCGAAUCAGGAUUGUUAUAUGGCUGUGCUAAAUUGCAUGGGUCGAAUCAAAACCGAACCCCAUAUCAUUUCAAGAUGCAUUGAGCAGCUGGAAAGUGAGGGCUUCUCCUUGCAAAGCUUCUUCAAGGAUUCCACGUACGAAGACAAUGAAGUCAUGAUGAUUCUGAAGGCCAUCCAGACGGUCAAGCCAGACUUCCAGCCGGAAUUCUUUUCCCCUCCAACCUCCACCAUCCCACUACUGGAAAAAUUCUACAAGAAGAAGAAGUCCGUUUCUUACAGCAAGCUCAAUUUCACAGCAGAAGAGCUGCAGCAACGGUUCCGAAAACAAUACAACUCGGAGACGUCCGACAGGGUCACGGUUGAGUCAGUGGAAGCCACUAAACCUAUCACAGCUACAACUAUCAAAGCGAGGGAAAUUUUGAGCAAGAUUCGUUCUCAAUGGGAGGCAACUUUGCUUCACAACUUGUCGAAGCUCAAGAAGCAAGAGAACAUUUGGCGUACGUCCAAACUAGAUGUCUAUCCGUUUCUUUGUGUGCUGACCGAAAAGGAAUAUGUAGAUCUUAUGAUGCAGACGGUUUUCAGCCUGCCAGCCCUUGGGGAAUGUGUCAGCAUCUUAGCGAAGGAUCUGGGUACCAGAAUCUACAAUAAAUACACCAUUCUUAGAAAAAGCUGUACCAUUUCGGAGGACAAUUUUGAGAAGACCUAUGAUAGCUACGUCAAACUUUUGGCCAGUGAUAAUCAGGUGAAUCAUUAUUUGCCACGGGAAUAUUGGGAGAAGCUGAGAGCAGAGGCGGGUUAUAGCCCUUCCUUGAUAUCCAAGCAAGUCAUCUGGCCCCCAAGCCUGUUGAUUCAGCUGGGUUUUCAGCUGAUAGAACUGAUGGUCCAAACUCUCAAGCUGGACAACAGCCUGCUGCCUUCGCUCCCCAAGACGUCCGUCAUUCCUGUUCUGUAUCACGUCUAUUCUUUCCGCGGAACCAAGCAGGUGGAGAUAUCUCGGAAGAAAGACGCAGAAAAUGGACUCAGAAUUGCUCAGGUCCUGGAUGGCCACGUUACUCGGAAGGUGGUGAAGCAAACAGUAAUGACGGUUGUCUACGGAGUCACCCAGUACGGGGGGCGCCUCCAGAUAGAAAAACAGCUCAAGGAGAUCGAAAACUUCCCGAAGGAGGAUGUUUGGCAAGCUUCCAAGUAUCUCGUCCGGCUAGUCUUUCAAAGCCUUUCCGAAAUGUUUUCCGGGUCUCGGGAAAUUCAGAACUGGCUGACCGAAAGUGCCUGGCUGAUUUCCAAGACCGGCCAGACGGUGGAGUGGGUGACGCCGCUGGGACUGCCCAUCAUUCAGCCUUACCAUAACAAGAAAUCCAUGUUGGUAAAGGGUGACUUGCAGAGCCUCCAUUUAAAAUCGAACUACAACGUGGGCCAGAAGCCAAACACAAGAAAACAGAAAAACGCCUUCCCGCCCAACUUCAUCCAUUCUCUGGAUUCCAGCCACAUGAUGUUGACGGCUCUGCAUUGUCAAAAGGCCGGGCUAACUUUUGUCUCUGUGCAUGACUGUUUCUGGACACAUGCAGCCACGGUGGACUUAAUGAAUAAGAUAUGCCGCGAACAAUUUGUAGCACUACACAGCCAGCCCAUCCUGGAAGACCUUUCGAAAUUCAUGUUGCAGAAAUACUGUCCCAAAACCACAAUAUCUGAAAAUGAUAUAAAGAAGAAGAGUCAGCAAGCUGUCCAGGCCAGGAUCCAGGAGCUGAAAAAUUUACUGCCUAAAAUUCCCAAGAAAGGUGACUUCAAAUUAGAGAAGGUGAAGAGAUCGGUCUACUUUUUCAACUGAUUCUGCAAGAUCUUCUGCAUUCGUAUCCGGCAGACGGACAUAAGGAGCAGUUUCCCGUCUCUCUUCAGUCUCUCUGAAUGGGACUGAAAACGUACUUGAUUCCUUAAAUUUGGUCCCUCUCUCUGUGCUUCUGGAGGGAGUCAGACUGGCAAGGAAUUCCUUCCCCACGAAGGAGGUGGAAUCACAUCACCCCCAAAACCUGUGGUUUUUAGAGAAAAAUAAGGUAGAUGUGUCUAACGAUGCAAACAGCGUGUUUCUCCCUAAAUUGUCUGGAGAAGGGCCUCAGUUUGGCCUUUCUGUCUCUUCUGGAAGGAAAAAAAAUGGUUCAUAUUUGUUUUCCCACUCGGGAAUCCUGGGUUACUGAAUCCACCAAGACUGCAUUCUUCCCCGCUGUUUUUUUUAAAAAAAUUUAUGCACUAUGUUUCUGUUGAGGGGGCUGGACUUGCCAGCCCUCCCCCAUCCACCCCGGUAAUUUCCUCUAGCAAUUGCAAAUAAAGUAAAUAUUUGAAAUUUAA